AUGGUUAUGUUGUUUCAUAGUGUGGGACUAACUCAAUGUCCACAGAAGUAUAUAGUCUUCCCUAGGGGUUAUUACAGACGCAUAGUUGUUGGUUCAUCUGAAACAGCGUUGUUAAAAAGAAGACAAGUGUUGGAGAAAGUGGAUUCUGAGUUGUCUAGUGGAGACGAGAGAGCUGCUUUGUCACUUAUCAAAGAUCUGCAAGGUAAACCUGGUGGCCUUCGAUGUUUUGGAGCAGCAAGGCAGGUGCCUCAGAGACUCUACACAUUAGAUGAACUGAAACUCAAUGGCAUCAAUGCAGCUUCACUACUGUCGCCAACAGAUGCAACACUUGGUUCCAUUGAAAGGAACCUUCAGAUAGCCGGUGUCUCAGGAGGGAUAGUUGCUUGGAGAGCAUUUGACCUGAGCUCUCAACAGCUGUUCUAUAUCUCUCUUGGUCUUUUGUUCCUGUGGACUUUGGAUUUGGUCUCGUUUAAUGGUGGAAUUGGGAGUUUGGUUCUUGACACAAUUGGUCACACGUUCAGUCAAAGAUACCACAACAGAGUUGUUCAACAUGAAGCAGGUCAUUUCUUGGUGGCCUACUUAGUCGGUAUCCUCCCACGAGGAUACACACUCUCAAGUCUUGAAGCUUUACAGAAAGAAGGAUCUCUCAACAUUCAAGCUGGCUCAGCCUUUGUAGACUUUGAGUUCCUUGAAGAAGUUAAUGCUGGCAAAGUCUCAGCCACAAUGCUGAACAGAUUCUCAUGCAUUGCACUUGCUGGUGUAGCUACUGAGUAUCUCCUCUAUGGCUAUGCUGAAGGUGGUCUUGAUGACAUUAGCAAGUUAGAUGGUUUGGUGAAGAGUUUGGGAUUCACACAGAAGAAAGCAGACUCACAAGUGAGAUGGUCAGUCCUCAACACUAUACUCCUACUACGUCGCCACGAGGUAGCUAGAUCCAACCUUGCAGAAGCUAUGUCCAAAGGAGAAUCUGUUGGCUCUUGUAUCCAAAUCAUUGAAGAUUCUAUUGACCCUUCUGAUAUCUAG